AGCCGGGGCAGGAGCGAGCUGUGCCGGGCACUUGCAGAGAGGAGCAGACACCGAGACGGGCACCAUGUGCUCCCUCACCCGCACGCUGGCGCUGCUGGGCGCGCUGCUGUGGGCGCCGUGGCGGGCGCUGGACGGGGCGCCGCUGGCCGAGCUCUCGGGGGACCAGGAUUUCCAGCUCUUCCUGCACAAGAACCUCGAGUUCACCCGCAAGAUCAAGGGGGACGUGGACGCGCUGCAGCACGCGGUGUGCGAGACUUUCCAGCUGUGCAAGGAGGAAGAGCUGCUGCUGGUGCGGCAGGACCUGGGCAUCCCGCAGGCGCCGCUGGAGCAGUGCCACAGACGCACCUUCCAGGCGGAAGCCUGCUUCAGCCAGAUCCGCGAUGGGCUCCGCACCUACCAGGGCUCCCUCGCCGCCGUCCUGAAGCUGCUGCCGGCACACGCCGGGCUGGUGGAGACCCUGCAGCUGGACGCUGCCAACCUCUCCUCCAACAUCCAGCAGCAGAUGGAGGACCUGGGCCUGGCCACGGUGACGUACCCCACGGAGGGCCCCGGCCCCCUCCCCACCUUCUCCUCCAGCUUCCGACACCAAGUCGGCGGCUUCUUCAUCCUGGCCAACUUCCAGCGGUUCCUGGAGACGGCGUACCGGGCGCUGCGGCACCUCGCCUGCCUCUGA